AUGCAUACAACCAAUUUUCCUGUAUCCCGCUUACUCCUAAUAUCAACGCUUCUUUUUAUCAUUUUGGAUUACGCGCCAACUUCAAAGGGGUUGAAUUUCAACGGAUUAAAGCCAUUUUUGGAUAAAACAAAUAAUAUUGCAGGUCAGAUAUCUCAAGGGACUCAACUUCUAAGUGGCAAAAUCAAUAAUAAAGGAGGAGCAUCGAUAUUUCGUCGACAGCAAUUUGGAAACCAAAAUCCACUCCGGUCUUCUGAUGACCGGAGAUUGGGUAAAUCAUCAUCUGAUCAAUCAGGACAACAACAACAACAGCCCACAAUGGUCAACAGAAGGGUGGAGUGUCAGUGUGAAGGUGACGUGCCACAAGCCCAAAUGCCUCCUCCCAGGUAUGCAACUUUCGUGGAAUUGGACAACACCUAUGGCUACCAACCUGUUGAUGUCCCACUUGAAAGCGAUGGUGAAGAAUAUGUUUCGGUUGUCAAGCGUCAUUUGGCUUAGUUGUGGUCGACACUCCAUAUCACAUCAUAAUGCAUUAAUAUGCAUCAACAUUUACCGAUGAAUUCUGAUACAA